CUGUCCUUAUCGGUCCUUAUACAGUAUCGUGAAAUAUGGCUGCUCCGGUGAGAACAACUGUGAAACAAGUGAAACCAAUUUUAUCACUGACUCCUAUCGAAGCUCGCAGGAGAGUGAUAACUUUGUAUAAAGCAUGGUAUCGUCAAAUUCCAUUCAUCCAAUAUAAUUAUGACCUUCCAAAGACAUCAGAAGAUUGUAAGAAGAAGUUGAGAGAAGAAUUUGAACGUUAUGCUAAUGUGCAAGAUAUAAGAGUCAUUGAUUCAUUACUAAUUAGGGGACAAAUGGAACUUCAAGAAGUCACGGCUAAGUGGAAACCACCUUGCACGCUAUUAAAUUAUUGGAAAGAUACGACAGAACCUAGACCGAAAGAUUUUAUGUCCAAAUUCAUCUCAGGAAAGGAUUAAACCUCGUGAUCUUAGAAAAUGAAAGCAGUAAUAUGUAGAAUUAAUUAUUCGUAAGUUCAGCGAAGAGUCCUUACAUAUAUUUACGUUAUCUAAAGAAAUAAAUUUGUGAAAAGGG